GAUUGCUCUCUCUCUCUCUCUCUCUCAUUAUCUGGAUCUCAGUAAAAUAAUCAUUGAAUUUUGAUCUGCUUCUCUUUAAGAAUAUCCAAAUAAAUUGUCCGUCUUUUCUUUAGCUUUUAGUACUGCUUUUCUCUCUUUAGGGUUUGUUCUCUUAUUCAUUCCCCUCUAAAUGUGGAAAGAUCUGCUUCUCUUUAAGAAUAUCUGUAUUCCUCGGAACCUCGCUUUUUCCACAAUCUAGAAAACCUUAUUCUCUGCUACUACUAAUACUAUAUAAUGCUUUCUGGGGCUUAUUUGAUGGGUGUUCUUGUGAGGUCGGCUAUUUGUGUUAUUUUGGUGAAGCAUUAAAAUGGAGAGAGAGGAGAUUCAGUUCAAAAAAAUCGACAAGACCUCGGCCCCGCAAAUUACCUUCUCCAAGAGAAGAAGAGAAAUCUUCAAGAAAGCUAAAGAACUCUCAGUUCUUUGUGAUGCUGAUGUUGCUCUCAUCAUCUUCUCCUCCACAGGGAAGCUCUUCGAUUUUGCCAGCUCCAGUAUGAAGAAAAUACUUGAAAAGCAUGAUUUGCACAAACGGAACAUUGAAAAGUUGGAACAACCGUCUCUUGACUUUCAGAAUGAGGGAAUGGUUAUGCAGCUAGAUGAGGACAGAAACUGCUCAAAAUUAAGCACAGAAGUGGUUGAGAGGAGCCAUCAACUGAGAUGCAACAGAGGAGAGGAACUCCAAGAAUUGAGUAUAGAAGAGUUGCAGAAGUUAGAGAGAUCACUUGAAAUCGAGUUGAGCAAUGUGAGAAAGAUAAAGGAUGAGAAAAUCAUGAAAGAGAUCAAUCAACUUAAACAAAAGGGAAUGCAACUCAUGGAAGAGAAUGAACAUCUAGAACUGCAGGUGGAGAUAUCGAAAGACAACAAAACCACUGUAGCUUCUGAUUCAGAGAACAUAGUCGAGGACGACGGGGAGGAAGGUCAAUCAUCGAAGUCUGUUACUAAUGCCCUUAACACCAAAGAUUCUGAUCACUCAUAUACGUCUCUCAAGCUUGGAUGAGUGUGUUAUAGUUUCUUUUUCAUUUUCUUAUGCUAUUACCAAGUAAAAACAAAUUCAACUAGGUAACAAUAAAUAAGCUUGGUAAUGUGAUAACUGCAAUAAAAGGCUUCUUAGCUUUACAACUUAAGGCAAGCUUGGCAAUGCGGAAUGAAUGGGGUAUAGUGUUCGACAUUGUCAA